CUCUCUCUCUCUCGUGUGUCUCUGGCAUCACCAACCAACCCCCUCCCCUCAGGUUUUGCCAGUUUAGGAAAACUGUUAAGGCCAAUCCUUUUAAAUCACAAAGCCCAACUUGACCAAGAGACCAUAAAAGGAAUAAUCACUCACAUGACUCCAUAUUCCCUCCUUACAAAUACCUACUACACCUUCGUAUUUUUCUUCCCAGAUUAUACUCAUCUGGUUCCACUCUUCUCUCUCUCUGAAAAUUCUCUUCACUUCCCUUUCACUUCAUCAUCCUGUGUUUUCUUGUUGCAGAAACCCAUGGACAAACGUCGCCGAAAGCAAGCCAAGACUGUCAAAUAUGACCCUGAAGAGGUGAGUAGCAUUGAGUGGGAGUUCAUAAACAUGACAGAACAAGAAGAAGAUCUCAUCUAUAGGAUGUAUAGACUCGUCGGAGACAAGUGGCAUUUGAUAGCAGGGCGACUUCCAGGACGGAAAGCAGAAGAAAUAGAGAGGUUUUGGAUAAUGAGACACGGUGAAGGUUUCUCCGGCAGAAGAAAAGGGCGUGAGAGUUGAGAAUCGGAGUUCAACAAUUCUAGUUUCUUGUUCCAUCUUCUUUUCCUUCAUUUUUUUUUUUCCAUUUUUCUUUUUUUUUUUUUUUUUUAGAAUUUUAUCUUUCUUUAAUGUUUUAGGGUUUUUUGUUUUUAGUUUCUGCCACUGAAUUGACUGUAUAUCUUAUUUGCUUGGUCUUUCUGACCCUUAAUAAGGAUGGAUAUUCCCAAUCACAAAA